CCUUAUUUCCCGUGCAGAUCGAUGCAAGGAAGCAAUGCAUGAUGCCUCGUUUUCCCUGUGUUCGUGCCCCCUCUUGAAGGACUCGCAUGCGAUCUUCGACGUGUGCAAGGGCACAGAGUGGGCUAUCGCCGCCGUGCAGGACGAACUGGACCGCACCCCCGAGGACCGCGAGCUCGACACGUCCGACGAGCUGCAGCACUGGUUCCAGAGACACUGGCAGAUCGUCUCGUCCGUCGAACGGAACCUCAACCUGUUUUUCCUGUUCGCAGACCAGCUGCGCCAGAACCCGCCCCGCAUCCACCGUCUGGCUGGCCACGUCGACAAGCUGCACGCAUACCACGCCAAGUUCACCGAUCUCGCACGCAGGCUCACAGUCUCGCAUGAGAAGCUGCACAUGCUGAAGCUCCAUACACGUGUGCUCGCUGCGCACCGUACCGCGCGCAUGCAGGCGGAGGCCGAACGUGCGCGCCGGCACGACUUCCGCACGGCGUGGCGUGAGGGCCGAGCGCAACGACAGGCUGUACGCGAGGAAGUCCGCCGCUCGCGCACCGUGACGCACGACCUCCGUAUGAGCCAGAUGAGGAGCCUGAACGAACGCGGCGGCGACCACGCACGCGAUUUUCUCGAGGAUGCACGGCUAUAAGGCGUCUGAAGGUGGAAUAUCCCAAAUAUGUGUCUGCCUCCUUUAAUACACCUCGCCGGCCGGUGGCGACGUGUGCGCAGCUUUGAACGUGUAACAAUCACCGGUUUGGCUUCUUGCAUCUAUUGUCCCUGGCGUUUCUGGCUUGCACAAUCUCCUCACAAUAAUGACUCUGUAGCGAUAGAUGUUCCUGUGAAUUUGCGACGGACAGCGCAUUCAAGUUACGAUUGACACCCUUUGGUGGGCACGACUCCUCACGACGUUACGACUGUUCAGUACGCUACAUAGGCUCCCAACUUGUACAUAUGUACUACCCUACUACCCCCCGGCUCUUCGUAUAAUACAUCCGCCAUGUAUCUAUGUAUGUACCAUC